AUGAGUGCGCGGGCUCUUAUUGUCUUGAGGCGAACUCAGAUUGCACAGCUACUUACCCAAUUCAAGAAACACAAAGUCACAAGAGAAAAAGGCGCCGCAAGGUAUGAGUACGGGCACUUAUUGUCUCGAGACGGACUCAGAUUGUAUAGUAACUUACCCAAUUCAAGAAACACAAAGUCACAAGGGAAAAGGGAAAAGGCGCCGAAAGGUGAGUCAAUUGGCUCAAGUUGCCAAUCAUCGAUGGGAUGCUACCUGUCAGUCUGUUGGAAGCUAUAA